UGCUCGGCCGACACCGCGCCGCCACCCCGCAGUCCCGCGCAGCCAACGCACGGCACACGCAACAGAUGGCGCCGGAACGGUGCGCGCAGUGCGGCGGCGAGGCGAGCCAGCGCUGCGGGGGCUGCCAGCAGGUGUUCUACUGCUGCAGGGACCACCAGCGGGCGCACUGGAGCACUCACCGCCCGCUCUGCAGGCCCUUCAAGGUGGGCCAGGACGCGGUGGUGGGCCGCUACCUGUGCGCGUCGCGCGACAUCGCGGCGGGCGAGCUGGUGCUGCGCGAGCCGCCGCUGGUGUGGGGCCCCUCGCAGGCGACGCCGGCCGUCUGCCUGGGCUGCUACGUCGUGCUGGAGGCGGCCUCGUGCGUGCGCUGCGACCGCUGCGGCUGGCCCAUGUGCUCGCAGCACUGCGCCAACUCCCUCGACCACCGGCCCGAGUGCGACAUCACCGCCGACGUCCGCGGCGCCAAGGUGAGCAUCAGCAGCUUCGGCCAGGAGCACCCUACCUACCAGUGCGUGACGGCGCUGCGCGCGCUGCGCCUGCGCACUGCAGACCCGGCGCGCUGGCAGAAGCUGUGGGCGCUCGAGUCGCACUGCGCGCACCGCCGCGGCACGCCCAGUUACGAGGCCGACCGCGUGGCCGUCGCGCAGUUCGUCCGCCGCUUCUUCAAGAUGACAGACUUCUCCGAGGAGGACAUCCUGCGCGUCUGCGGCAUCCUGCAGGUGAACGGGCACGAGGUGCCGCUGACGGAGCCGAGCUACGUGUCGGUGUACGAGUGGGCGUCUCUGCUGGAGCACAGCUGCCGCGCCAACUGCUCCAAGAGCUUCAGUGAGGCGGGCGAGCUGCUGCUGCGCGCGGCGGCGCCCAUCGCGCGCGGCCAGCGGCUCACCAUCUGCUACUCUGACUCGCUGUGGGGCACCGCCAGCCGGAGGCAGCACCUGCGAGAGACCAAGUUCUUCUGGUGCCGCUGCGCGCGCUGCACCGACCCCACCGAGAUGGGUACCUUCUUCAGCGCGCUCCGCUGUCCCCAGCCGGGUUGCGAGGGCGUGUGCGUGCCGGCGGAGGAGAGCCUGCAGCAGGAGCCGGAGGACGAGCAGGAGGAGCCGCCCUGGUGGUGCCGAUCCUGCCAGCAGCCAAUGGCCGCCGCGAAGGUGCUGCAGCAGCUGGAGGCGGCGGGCGCGGAGCUGUCGGCGCUGCCGCGGGGCGACGCGGAGCGCUGCUGGCAGUUCGUGCGGCGCCACGAGGCGGUGGCGCGCCUCGCCGACGACCACUUCUACCUGACCGAGGCGCGCCUCGCGCUGGCCCAGCUGCUGGGCCAGGGCCCAGCCGGCGUCGCCGCGCUGCCCGAGGACCACCUGCGCGCCAAGGAGGCUCUGUGUCGCAGGCUGCUGCGGCUCGUCACCGUGCUCUGCCCUGCGGAGAACCGGGUGCGCGGCGUGCUGCUGUGCGAGCUGCAGGCGGCGCUGGCCGAGGCGGCGAGGCGCAGCGCGGCCGCCGGCGGCCUGGACGCCGCCGCCUUCCGCCAGAGUCUCAAGGAGUCCCGCGAGCUGCUGGUGGAGGCGCUGGACCUGCUGCGCUACGAGCCGGAGGUGCUGCCAGAGGGCAAGAUCGCCGAGCACGCCAGGGAGGCCCUGCGCGACGUGGACAUCGCCACGCAGCGCUUACACUGCACGCUGGCCGGUGGCCUCAUCUGAUGGCGCGUCCACGCACACCACGGCCGGCGCCAGAUCUGCACCACUCUACGAGCCUGCUCCCAACCCCACUGUCCCUCCUCAGCCCGAUACUUUGGUACAGUUUAGACACGUGACGGCAGUGCUCACAUGCCAUCACACUCUUCACCACCUACGAUGUUUCCGCUUGAGAGCCAAGCUGUGGGAGGCAACCUGACCCGCCAGCAGUCACGUCAAAGAUGAGUUGCAUCGUUAUUAAGUAGCACAUUUGUUGUCUGGUGGAAAUGCCUCGUGAGCUGCGUCCUAAAAUCCUCAUCGGUAUGUUUGCUAGUCGCCAUCCUACAGUCGGAUCUUCCGUGUCACGCUUUACCUGACGUUGAGGACUUGUAGACGUAAUCAAAUACAAACGUACAAGACAUCUUACGCCAGGCUACAUAUCUUUGCAGUUUCGUACGACGCUGUAUGUUGUCAGAAUUAUAAGUAAGGGUUAUGCUGCGACAACUGGAAAUCUGUGCCAGAGUGUAACGUGAACCCGGAUUUCUUUGUUUUCGCGAGCUGCCGCCUUGAGCAUUAGCUGGCCUGUGCGCGCCUGCAGGUCUCACAUAAACUCCACUUGUCAGCGAUGGGUCCACUUAUGGUUCCGAACACUGCUUCUAGACGAGGUUAUUCCAAUGCAUAGGUUUAAUACCACCAAUCCAUUCCCAAUGGAUUUAGUGGACACCCACUGGUGAAGCUGUCACAAGGAAUGUACACUGCCUGACAAAAGAGUGAAGCAGCCAGAAAGGGGGGAGCAAACGAGAUGAAACUUCACGGGUUGAGAGGAUAUCUAUCACUAUUUCAGUGAUUACAAAGAACAAGCUGGUUUGAGCCCAGUUAUCACUAUGAUUCUGCAGCCGUUUGGCCUGGAUGCAUGCAUUGAUUCAGUUGGGAAAGGUGUCAUAAAGCCGUUGUAUUCCCUUCUGAGGAAAGCUGGCCUACAACUUUUGUAACUGGUUCUUGAUAUCCUGGAUGUUAGCACUGGGGUUGUGUUCACAUCCGACCUGGUCCCACACGUCUUCUACAGCGGACGGGUCUGGGGAUCUUCCGGCCCGCGGAAUGACUUCAACAUCGUCUAGACCAGGGGUUCCCAACAAAAUCUUCUCGAGGACCCCCUCUUCGAGCAUGAUUGGUACCUUGUCAUAUCACAGUAUCAAGUACCUAAAAAAGCCAAAUUAAGAGUCUUUUUAUACGUUUUCUAUUUUUGGUACUUAGAAAAAACAUUGACAUAUUCAUUAUUGAAAAAAUAAUGAGCGGCCAAAACAAAAAAUCUGUUAUCAUACGAAAUAUAUUCUAUAUAUUUUUUGUUCUAAUAGCAUCUUGCGGACCCCUCUGGCAUAGCUCGCGGACCCCUGAGGGUCCGCGGACCACCUGUUGGGAACUACUGGUCUAGACAAUAAUAAUAAAUCAGUCUGGUUGCCGUUCUACCUGUUACAGAGAAAUCUAGCUGUAAUCAUUUACGUGCCUGUCGAUGCUGUUACAUUGAAAUCUGACCACGUAUUCUAGAUGUUUUGCUUUGUUUGUCAGGUAGUGUACACCCAAUUGAAUUAAACUCGCUUCUAUUGUCACUAAAGAAUCUUUACAAUGCAGGUCUGAAGGGUCUUCUCCAAUAUCACUUCAAGUUAUUUCAUCUUUAUUGGUUUCAUACCCAUUGAUUCCAUUCACCUCAUUUUAGCGAGAGCGUUUAACUCAAUUUAGAGAAUCAUUAAUGGUUCUACUCUGCUACUUGCUGCAUCAAUUUACGUCAGAUUUUCACUGCAGAAACAGAUCGUUAGAGCAAAGUAAGCCAUUCAUCACAUAGUGGUAGCUUAGGUGGACAUCGAAAUAAGUAAAUGUGAUGGACACACUACACAGGUUUUGGUGGGCUUAAUUUUUUACAUCAUUAAUUGCCUAUAUUCCUAUUGUAUUCUACAUGGGGCAUCACAUUUGUAAUGUCGUCUCAGAGGAACUGUUACGGUAGGGUGAUAUACAUACCUGCUCUUUAAAUUUAGGGUAGUUUAUUUCUGCUAUAGUAUUUUAUCAAAAAAUAUGCAUUAAUGCGCAAUUGUGUUAUUUUUUCCAUUAUAGCCAUUACAAGGACAUGUGCUACGUUAAUUUUCAUUUGUUGUUUUCCUUGUCUCCAGUGAUCUUGAAAUUUUUCUCUGUGUUUAGCUUUUUCCCUCAAAAUUACUCAUUCAUGUUGUCUUACAGUUCCUACUCUGCAACCCAUGCAGUUUUAACAAUUUUAUUGCACAACAUUUCUUCCUGCUGAUAUUUUCCUUCGGUGAUCCAUGUUUCUUUCCUCUAGGUCAUUCUCAACGUCACAGAUCCUGAUUGUUAUCUUCUUUUCCAAGAGAUACUUAAUAAUUUGUUUCGUUUGCCACUUGUCACCCAUUGUGUACGAUGAAUAUUAAACGUCUACUUCUUAUCGUUUCCUUUAUCUUUUUAUGUGUCUUACGUUCUUGUCUUACGGCCUUCUAAUAUCUAGGUUUCUGUUGUCCAUAUUAGAUCUAAAAUUUUCUUUAUUAUUCCUUUCUCCAACAUUUCAUUAUUAUCAUCUUAUUAUUCAUUGCUAAAAAUUCGGUAUCACAAAACGUAUUUUGGUUUCACUGCCGUCUUGUUAUGUGUUAUCGUUGUUUUUUAUAUUUCAAACAUUAUCAGUGGUGGCCAUUUAUCAUGUGAUAAUUUGCUACAGCACACUGUAAAUAUCGCAUUAAAAUUAUGUUAUUUCUCUUCCAAAGCAUGCUGGCGUGCAAAUAAAACGAUUGAAAUCAUGUUUGGUAGCACUCUCUCUGCAAUAACUAGUACCAGUGUCGAGUGCUGAAAUGAUGAACAGCCACAUUACGAUUAACCCAGAGAAGGGACGCAGCUGUCUGUUUUCUACUGCACAUGCUCUGAUGUGACGUCAUCCCUUCCAGUACUACGAGUGCUAACUUGCUCUCAGCACAGGGUCAGUAUUUUACUCUGGAACUGUGUGUAGUAUAUUGUGCAAACAUACCGUAUGAGGGAUUUUUAAAGCGCUGCUGUCAUGAUGGGGAUGUGUGUGAGAGGUCUAAGGCCCAGACUAACUAGUUGCCGACCUGGAUUCAAUUCCCAUUGAUCUCAAUUUUUUUUUGUUUUAUUCCUUGCAACGUUACACUGUUAAUUAAAAAUUGGAAUAUAUUUAUACAGUUCAAUUUAUAUACAAAAAUAAUAUAUUAUUCAAUUUAGUUAUGAUUAUUACCUUUGUAAGUCAAAAAGCUAUAACCACCACACCGUGUCACAUUGGUACAAAUUUGCACGAAAUAUCACUGAACAUUACAACUUUUCAGAUGAUUGAUUUUUACAGAUGAACUUUUAUUCAUAGGCCCACAAUAUAAAGACAUAUUUCUCUGAUAAAAGUAAGUUUCCAAUUUGUAUACAACUUCUGCAAUGCAGGAGAGUCCCUACUGUAAGAUUCAAGACUUUUUUUGGAUGUAAUUAAGCGUAGAAGGUAUGACAGGCAAAACAGAAAGCCAGUGGAAAAGGCUCAACGCAUGCGGUCUGUUUGUAGUGGAUCGUCAGCAUUGUAUGUGUUCUAUGAGGGUCAUUUCGGGAAAAUUUAUGCUUUCCAUCCACGCUAGAAAAUAUGGGAGGGAAGACUGCUGGGAAGGGAGAACGGUUAGUGAUUAACACCAUACUGAGAAAGAAGUCACAGCAGGUGGAACUUAAGCAAAGAUUCGAUAAGAAGGAAAUAAGGAAGGAAAGAAGCAUGGUCCGUGGAUGUCAUUAGAGUCGGAGCUCACUACCCCAUGACAGGGAAGUACACUUACCGUAGCCAUGUUACAUAUUUAGGGAGACCACUGGAAAACUGAAACAGAUAUUGGGACUGGUAUUUGAAUCCCACCCUUCACAGUUUGUUUGUCAAGAUCGCGUACCGUAUUAGCAACACUUCUCUCUCACAUACAGGAAAGAUGCCUCUACCAUUUUAUACGUUACGCUUUCACAUAUGAGCAAGGAUUUGUGUAUGACCUAAAGCAAAAGAGAAACUUUAAAGUGGCGUUAAAUAUUUUGUCAUUCCAGUUAUGUGAUCUUUUUCCUCGAGUAAAUAAAAGACACCUAUAAAAAGACAUGCAUUUUGACAUACAAUGUCACGAAAAUAAUUUUUAUUAUAUCAAAACUUGAAGCUAAAAAUGAGUCAUUGAAUGUAAAACAAGACAUAGCAUAAACAGAUCAUCUUAUCUGAAACUAGCUUUUUUAUUGUUGUACCAGUUGAUGCUCCAAUAUAACUUUUGAAUAAAGUAUAAUAUAUUGA